AUAAAGCUUUUACUCAGAAGUCAAGUCUUUUCACACACCAGAGGAUUCACACUGGAGAGAAGUCAUAUCAGUGUUUCUGAAUGUGAUAAAGCAUUUACUCAGAAGUCACAUCUUAUCAACACCAGAGGAUUCACACUGGAGAGAAGCCAUAUCAGUGUUCUGAAUGUGAUGAAAGCUUUUCACAUAAGUCAAGUCUUAUCUGACACCAGAGGAUUCACACUGGAGUGA